UCUUUCUACAUGCUGUCAUCUCGCUCGCCCAUACCCCCGUCAUUCGCGUAAACAACGCCACGGUUUGAACUCGCGUCCACCAUGUUUAAAUUACUUUUUAUUCUGUCCACUGUAUUAGUGGUAGCGAAUACCAAAUCCAUAACGGCAGGAACUGUGUUCGAUUACAAUGGACUAGUGAGAAAAGUGCACGAAAGAAUCGUAGAGGCGACCGCUAUACCCUUGAUAAAGAGGGAGCAGGAGAUUUUCUACGAGUAUCCAUUGGGAGACCAGAAGAUUAAAGGGAUCGCCAUUCUGGACAUGGAGAAUGGACUGGCAGAACCCUCGAUCACCCGAGGAGGGAUCGGAUUCAAUUUCGUGAAUAUCAAGCUGAAAAGCGAGAGAGGGUCCGGACUUAAAUACAAAAUUGAUAUUUAUGCGUGAUGUGAUUGAUUGAAAUUAAAUUUUUUUAAAGAG